AGAAGAAUAUCAUAUUGCAUUUAAGCAACUUUAGUAUCUUAUGUCAUAAUUGCAUGUAUUAUGUAUAAUAUAUAACUCAAUAUAUUACUAUUAUAAGUAUAUGUAUUCACGAUUUACCAAGAAAAUACUGUUUUGUUAAGGAUUUUUUUUAUAUAAAAUAAAUUAAUAAUAAUGAAAAAAUUAUAAAAAUAAUGGCUCGGUUUGAUUAUAUGGGCUACAUAGGCUGCAAGAAACCUAAGCAUAAAAAAUAAAUCCAAAGAUUUGUUUUUGUUUUUGGUUUUUUCGAAAAAAUAUAUACUAGUAUAUAUUUAUAAUUAUCAAAUCAACCCAUAUAUUUAUUUUCUUUUAUUAAAAGAAUUAAAACCAAAAAUAUCGAAAAAAGCCAAUUAGUCAUCAGUGCAAGCAAAAUAGGUCAUAAUUUGAAAAAAAGUGGAUAAAUUUAAAAUAGGGAUUAUCGGUGGGGGUGAGAUCAUUUAUAUAUAGUAUAAUUUUAUUGAAUUUGGUAUAUAGGUGAUAUGGCAAGUCAUUUCCUAAUGUGGGUUUAAAGCUUAUCUUAUUAAUGAAUGAAUGAGAAUGAGGAUGAGAAGAAUGAGAUGGUUGAGGUUAAGUUACUCUAACAGACAGGUAAAGUUUGAGUACACAACAUCCAAAAGUUCAAGAUCAACCAAGGAAGCAAACAAUUUUACUAAAAAAAACCAAAGAAAAGUACCACUUUCAACUGAUUAUUCCCCUCAAGGCAAGGCACUCACUCUAAACGACGUACAAAUAAUAUAUAUAUAUAUAUAUAUAGUUCAUUCGAUCGAUAUAUAUAAAAUGGAAGCAGCAGCAGCAAUAGCAGUUAUUUGGUUGGUGUUGGUGGGUGGUGGUGGUGGUGAUGGCAAGUGCAUUACUAAUACUGAUACUAAUACAAAUAUUAGUAUUAGUAUUAGCCGGGGUGAUUUCCCAGACGGCUUCGUUUUUGGGACCGCUUCUUCGGCUUACCAAUUUGAAGGAGGUGCCAAUGAAGGCCAUAGAGGGCAGAGCAUUUGGGACACCUUCGUCAAACAACCAGUGGGAAGAAUUUUGGACUUGAGCAAUGCAGACACCGCAGUUGAUCAAUAUCACCGCUUCAAGAGUGACAUCGACUUGAUGAAGGACUUGGGCAUGGAUGCUUACCGAUUCUCCAUUUCAUGGCCAAGAAUCUUGCCCAAUGGAACCGGCGAACCCAAUCCUCAAGGGAUCCAAUACUACAACAAUUUGAUCGACUCUUUACUCCUAAAAGGAAUCCAGCCUUAUGCAACACUGUACCAUUGGGAUCUCCCGCAAGCUCUCCAGGACAAAUAUGGAGGUUUUUUGAGCACUCAAAUAGUGAACGAUUUCGUCGAAUACGCCGACAUCUGCUUCGAAGCGUUCGGGGACAGAGUGAAGCAUUGGAUGACAUUCAACGAGCCACACGGUAUCGCGCUUCAAGGCUUCGAUACCGGCAUCCAAGCCCCUGGCCGGUGCUCCAUUCUCGGACAUUUGCUUUGUCGACGAGGCGAAUCCUCCGUCGAGCCUUACGUCGUAGCUCACAACCUUCUCUUGUCCCACGCUUCGGCUUAUCGUAGCUAUCGAAGAAAUUUCAAAAAAACGCAACGAGGCUCGGUUGGGAUAGCGUUGGAUGCCAAAUGGUACGAGCCGUUUUCGAGCAGCAACGAAGACGUCGAUGCGGCAGAACGAGCAAUGGAUUUUGGACUUGGAUGGUUCCUCGAUCCACUUUUACUUGGUCGAUAUCCUCUUUCGAUGAAGAAACUCGUGGCUGAAAGGCUCCCGGAGAUCGAUCCGGAGGUGUCUAAACUUUUAAGAGGAUCGCUCGAUUUCAUCGGCCUAAAUCAUUACACUACAUUAUACGCUCGCAACGACAGAACUCGAGUCCGUAAGCUCAUUCUCAAGGAUGCAUCGAGCGACGCUGCUGUCAUAACCGCUUCUUCGCGACAUGGUGUUCCGAUUGGUGAAAAUAGCGCUUUGCAUUGGUUGUACGUUGUCCCGUGGGGCAUUCGGAAGCUGGCGAACUACAUCAAAGACAAAUACGAUAAUCCACCUGUAAUCAUCACAGAAAACGGGAAGGAUGAUCGUAACAGACCUCUUGCAGCAUUUAAAGAUGUUUUGAAUGACGAGAAGAGAAUAAGCUAUCAUAGGGAUUAUCUUUCAAACUUGUCUGCAGCAAUCAGGCUCGAUAAGUGCGACGUUCGCGGCUAUUUCGUAUGGUCGCUGCUCGACAACUGGGAAUGGAACAUGGGUUAUAUGGUUCGGUUCGGGCUAUAUUACGUCGACUAUAAGAACAAUCUCACCAGGAUACCCAAGUCCUCUGUUUCUUGGUUCAGAAACAUGCUGAGACCGGCAUCGAUGACGACGACGGCGGAGUUAUCGAAUUUGGAGUUGCUAGAAAGUUCUGUCUAAUGGAUUGCCUCCUGUAUAACAUCUACAUCUGUUGUAUAGCGUUGUAACAUAUAGCAUAUUGAACACAUUUACAUGAUUCUUUGAAGUGUAUAUCGAGGAGUUGAGUUGAGUUGUUGUAUGAGAAUUAAGAAUGCAAUGUGAGGUUUUAUGUAUUUAUUUUCAAGGAACAUUUGAUGUGACUAACACAGAACUUGGAAA